AUGCUGACACGCGAGGGGUGGUGGUGUGGUGUGGUUGCAGCAGCGGUUGCUGCGGUGCUGGUGCUGGCCGUGCGUUGCGAGGGCGUGCAUUGGCCGUGCGAGCCACAUGGCCACUACUACCGCGAUACGCAGAUGUGCAUUUGCAACCGGGAGCAGCAGCAGCUUGCGCGGGGCCAGCUGGUGUAUGCCUUCGACCCGCCUGUCUCUUCAACCGGCUUCAACAAGAAUUGCUGCAAGCACUGCUUCUGUGGCGACCCAUGGGCUAUUGUGAGAAACACAUUCAUCGGCAAGCGCAACCACCACGCAGACGUGCGACCGCUCGCCAUCAGGGACGACAGGGAGGCUGUGCUGCAGGACAUGCGCGUGCGACGCGCCGUUGCCGACGACGCCACCAGCAGCAACAGCAGAAGCCACAACAACAACGUUGAUCUGAACAUUGCCGUGUCACUGGGCGCCUUUGAUGAGCUGCAGCCUCGCUUCCCAAGCUGCGUUGUGCCGGGGUAUGACGCGGAGGCGCAGGUCACGGAAGAAGAGGGUGUGGCGCUGGCGCGGUCGUUUGUGGACGGGUGUGCAUCGAAGUGGGAGUGGGCGCGGCAGUUUCACAACCCCAUCAACCGAGAUACCCUGGUGCUGUCAUCGUGGAUGUCGUUCCGCCCAGAUACGCAGCGAUACAACACCUUGGGCUGCACAAACCCAGCGUACAUUGCUGGAUGGUACGAGUCUAUCAUGACCAUGGGGCUGCGUGCCGUAGUGCUCCACGACUGCCUGUCACCAGGCCUCGUCGCCGCCUUGCAGAACGACAAUAUCACAUUUGAGCGGGUGGAGCAUGAUAUGAGCUCCAAUAUCCACUUUAAGCAGUCGCCGUACGACGUGCGCUUUGUGCUCUAUUCUGAGUACUUGCGCCGCAGCGAGCAGCAGCACCUCACGCAUGUCCUCAUGACAGACAUGAGCGAUGUCAGGUUUCGCCGUGAUCCGUUCUCUGCGAUGCGCGCGCGCCCGGAUGUCGAGAUCUUCAUCGGCGCUGAAACACUUUCUUUUCGCCACAAUCCGUAUGUGUCGGAGUACUUGGAGUGGUGUGCGCCGGCGUAUGCGCCACUGCUCCACCACCCAGCCUUCCAACACACAAUCCCGCCAAACUGCGGGGUCGUCGGGGGCCAAUAUGCGUCAACCGUGCGGCUGCUGGCACACGUCGUCAAGCUGUACAAGCAAAGAACCUACGAGAAGCACGCGUGCAUGGAGCCAUGGGAGCGCUCAUGCGACAUGGCCAUGUUUGCCAUCGCCCUCAUGACCGGAUACGAGACGCUGCACGAGGACGUCAUCGCAGAUGACGGGUCGUGGGCGGCGCUGCAGCAGCCAUUCAGGUUUGACAGCGGCGUCCCAUUCACAAGUCCCUUCACGCUUCACGUCUCGUCGCCGCCGUAUUAUGUCAUCCACAAGUGAUCCGCACGGCGCAUGUUGAUUGGUGCUGGCGCAUCAGGAUACCUCCCCCUCACAUCAUCGUGCCACGACGAAGCGUGCUGUGGUGCAAUUGCUGUCACCGACACGUGUGCCGUGUAAUUGACGUGACGUGACAGCCCUUUCUUGACGAGUUUGCACGCACACCUCGUGCUUGCUUGCUUCCUUUCCGUCUGUUCGCCGUUCUGACACAUGCGUAGCCUUAAGUGAGCACGUCUGUAUAUCGAGCACUUUCGUGUAAUGAAACCUCUGGUAGUUGCUCUUCUAAACAAUUGCUUCACC